AUGGGUGCUGGCAAUUCAAAGCCCCAGGCUACGGGCGACGCUAAACAUGUGUUUUCCAGUAACUCUCCGGUUCAGUUCUCUUCGAACCUAGUUGAUGCCCUUCAAUCCUCCGAGACCGACUCCUCUCGUAGCAAGUCCAUCGAGAUCGAGAUCCAAAAGCGCGUCACACAAGAGCUAGAGCGUCUCCGUGAGCGCGAGCAGCAAACCCUCGCUGAGAUCGAGAAGCGUCUAGCCGAUGCCAAAGAUGUCAGCUCCCUGCCCAUCACGGCCGCAACAGCCCCCGUCGCCACCUCUUCAUCCGGCUACCUAGUCGGCUCCUUGAACCUCGAUGCCCCUCGAAUCCCCUUUGCCGGACGCGAACACGAUGCGCCGCUGUUCGCUGAGCCCCAGGAUGCGUCGGCCCAGCAGGUUGCUUUGAACCGCGAGGUCUCAUCCGGCUCGGUCGUCAGCGAGAUUGAGCAGCUGCGCGCUCGGCUGGACGGACGGAGAAAGUUGGUCGUUUUGGACGAGGAUGUUGAGCGCGCGAAAGCGGACGUUACUGGUUGCCUGCGCUUGCAUGAUCGCCGGCCAUUGAAUUGCUGGAAGGAGGUUGAGGCUUUCAAGGCCGAGGUUGCUAAGUUGGAAGCUGCUUUUGUGGACCGCAUUGUGGGUUAG